UACUGUCCGUCGUACCUUAAAAAUCAGCUGAUCGCCGUCGUCAUUCCUGCAAAGAUGGCCUCAAAUACACGCCCUAGAGUCACAAUAUUUCGAAAUGGAAGGACUUCUGAUGGGAAGGUUAUAGCAUGCCCAGAUACGAUGGAAAGACUGAUACUAGUUGCUAGUAACUGCCUUGGCUUAACAGCUACACAUGUAUUCACAGCAAAAGGAGGUAGAAUAGAAGAUGCCUCUUUAAUCAGGGAUGAUGAAAUAUUGUACAUAUCAGAGAAUGAACCUUUUAUAGAUCCAAAAUUUAGUAGAUCAGGACAGAGUACAGUUAUGAUGUGCAGUCAUGAGAAAGCAAAUGGAGUUCUUCAGAAUGACUGGAUUACAUUAAAUGUUGGUGGAAGACACUUUAUGACAAACAGGAGAACACUGGUUGGUAGAGAUUCAGAAAGUAUGCUUGCUAGAAUGUUUGCUGAUGAUGAUUUACCAUGGAGUAGUUCAGUUGACCACACAGGUGCCUACCUCAUAGACAGAAGUCCAGUUUACUUUGAACCUAUUCUCAAUUAUUUACGACAUGGACAACUGAUAAUGGAUGAUGGUCUUAAUCCUUCAGGUGUACUAGAAGAGGCAAAAUUCUUUGGUAUUCAGUCUUUAAUUAAGCCUUUGGAAGAGAUGGUACAGAACAAAGAGCCUCCGGGGGACCACACACCUAUGAAACGAUGGGAGUUUAUCAGAAUGCUGCAGUGUGCUCCGUCCAAAUAUGACCUUCGGUGUCAGGGUAUGAACUUUGAAGGAGCCGAUCUGUCUAAAUUAGAUUUGAAGUAUAUUAAUUUCACCAUGAGCAAUCUAUCUUCUGCUAACCUCUCCGGGGCAAACCUAUCUUACUGCACCCUAGAGAGGGCCAAUCUUUCUGCUGCCAAGCUUGAUGGAGCUAACUUGAGAGGGGUAAAGAUGGUCCUUGCCAAUCUAGAGAAUGCUUCACUCAGAGGGUGUAAUUUUGAAGAUCCAGCAGGAACAAAGGCCAAUAUGGAAGGUGUGAACAUGAAAGGUGUUAACCUUGAAAACAGUCAAAUGGCAGGAGUUAAUCUAAGGGUGGCUACGCUGAAGAAUGCUAAUCUACAAAACUCAAACCUGAGAUGGGCAAUAUUGGCUGGCACAGAUCUAGAGAACUGUAACCUUACUGGAUGUGACCUCCAGGAUGCCAAUCUCCGCGGUGCCAACGUCAAGAAUGCUACCUUCGAGGAGAUGUUGACACCGCUUCACAUGUCACAGAGCGUAGCAGGUAACUAUCCUUCCAGAUAGGAAUGGCUUGGGAACACAUGCACUCCAGGACAUCACAGUUAGCCAGUAGUUCCAGAGACCAAUCAGCAAGCCACCAUUGAAGAUGUUUGAGACUGAAAGCUCAUGUGACUGAUUUUGUUUGGUUGUAUGCAUCCUUGAGAAAGUUGUACAAAAGCUUAGAUUUAGGGGACCAACAGCAAAAAACCCAUGAGACUGACAACUCAUGCAACCACUGAUGUUGGUCUUAAGAAUUGUUUGUGAAGGCAGCAGGACCACUACUUCUUACAGUGCAUAUAUGCAGAAGUAAGUUUGAUGGUUGUUUAAGGAGCUUUGUCUCAUUGGCUUCUUGGCUCUUGUGUUGGUUUAUGAUCAUGGAGGUAGAAGGUCUUGAGGCCAUAUUGCUUGAAAGUCUUUCAGUUGCAUGAUCAUCUUAACUUGGCAUUCUUUGUUCUUAUGGGUAUGAUCUGAUAGGCUAUUAGAAAUCCUAGGCUGGUGAUCUUGUGGAUCAUGGGCUUGUGGGAUGUCGGUCUCCUGGGCUUUCAGACUCGGUGUCGUUGGUCUCAUUGAACCAUGGUCUGCUGGGCUACUAGUUAUCAUAGAGACUACCUGUCUUGUCGGUCUCAUGGACAGUGAUCUUAUAGCACACUCACCUUCACUGAUGCAUCCGACUGUUGAUGGUAUGGCAGCACAAUGAGCAUGUUGGCAUGACGACGGGGAUAGCUAACCUAACUCACUUUUGAUGUAGGACCUAUGACUUUUGGCAUCUAGACAAAAUUACUGCAAUAUUUUCAAUGUAUGUUAUCAAUUUCUUAGUGGGUAAGGUCAACUAUAUAAUGUAACCAUCUCGGUGAAUACAUUUUCAGAUAAGAGAUGUAUCACUUUUUUUUAAUUGUAGAAAGGAAUUAUCCUGUAUAUAAAACUAUUGUCAUUGCAAAAUAAAACCCCUGAAUAGCUAAUGAGAGGUGAUCUCCAGAAGAUGGUCUAAAUUAUAUGUGAAAUCUUGACAUCUACUGCCUCAUGUUUUGUUUGUCUUUCUUUCAAUUUAUCAUUAAACCAACAAUUUGUAGCUUUUUCAUUGGCUUGUCAAUCUUUUUUGUGUGUAUGACAGCUGGUUUAAAGGGCAGGUUGUACUCUGAUAGGAUUUUAUGGAAAUCAAACUAAAUGCUGUUAACAAGCUUUGACAUUUUACAUAAAAUCCAUCUUGUUCAAGUUUUGUUCUUGUAGUAAAUUCUCUUUUGUUCCUUUAUCCCUAUGUAACCUAAUAUUGUACAAUACCAGUAAGUUCAAAUAUUUUUUUAGAAAUUUGAUAGCAUUUCAAAGACUUAACAUCUAUCUCAGUUAAAUCAGGGCAAUUAAUUAAUCUUUGAAAUAUAUCUUCAUCAAUAUUAGUGUCUAACAUACCCAUCAAUUGUUCACUCCCAAUGAAAAGUUGAUUUGAAAGAAAGAGGAAAACCAAACAAGGAUAUCACUGAAAAUUUUAAUGAUAAAUGUUAAAGACAAAUGUUACAAAAUUUCUGUUAAUUUCUCAAAAACAGAUUUGUGAGCAUAAGCAAGAGUCAUAAACUUCACACAUUCACUAUAUAUAUAUUUUGAAUUUUGUAAUAUGACGUAUAAAAAGUUUAUUUUUCCCUCUAUUAUAGUAGUAUUUCAACACAUGGUUAGACUUUUCCAUGAAUAUUUGAAUUGUCAUUAUUGAAAAUUAUAUUAUGAUUCAAUAAAGUCUAUUAAAAUGGUUGUACUUCAUAUUUCACGCUAUAAAGUAAAAAAUGAAUAGUGAGUGCAUGAUGUCAUCAUUUUUCUCAUCACCCAAAUUCCACAUAUUUUUUUUGCUAUGAUGCAAAAAUUUUGAAAUAUAACAUUCUUAUUUCCCAACCGAAUUUGAUGACAUUGAAAGUGUUGUGCUUUCUUUCUCUGUCAUCUCUUCAAAUCAAUGAUUAGUUGAGGUGUCUUUGAUCUUUAAAAUCUGUAUACUAUCUUGUCAAAAUCCAUGAAAGAUUUUACUAUUGCUGUUUCUAUGUGCAACCCUAUAAUCAUACCUGUGGUGAAUAAUAGCUUUGUUACACAUCUAAAUCAACCGUAUGAAGCCAUUAAACAUUAACUUGUACAAUUGUCCACUUUCCUGUUUUAAUAAGAUUAAGAUGAUUAUAACUGAUUGAAAUAUGUCAGUUAAUAACAAUAAUGAUUAUACUUGCUUAUAUAGCGCUUAAUACUUACUUUGUCAGAAGUCUCUAAGCGCUCUA